UAUUUAAAUGUCCCGCAACGCCGUUCAAAUAUCCAUAGCUUCAGCUCCUUUCGGCCAGCGCUCCCAGAAUUCCACAAGAGCCUCGCGAGAUGAGUCGGUGACGUCACGAAAUAGAACGCGGUGACACAAACCAGUACCUGGUUGAGGAAAGACACGUUCUACGUCUUUGCUCUGCACUUCCUAGACGGCUACGUUUUGCGUUACUGCGCUUAUCCGCUCUGUAGUGGAAUUACAUAGUCUCGUCUCGCGAGAUCGUGACGAAACUGUAGCGCACUGACCGGCAGUAACUCAGAAACUGGACAUUUGUCUUGUGGCUUGUGAUGGAGGAGCCAGACAGAGAGGCAGUAGCCACGGCAGUGCAGCGAGUUGCUGGGAUGCUGCAGAGACCGGAUCAGUUGGAUAAGGUAGAACAAUACCUCAGAAGAGAGGCUCGAAAAAAAGCAUCAGUUGAGGCUCGACUUAAGGCGGCAAUUCAGUCACAGCUUGAUGGUGUCAGGACUGGCUUAAAUCAACUUCACAAUGCACUUAAUGACGUGAAAGACAUUCAGCAGUCGCUUGGUGAUGUCAGCAAGGACUGGAGGCAGAGCAUUAAUACAAUUGAGAGUUUGAAGGAUGUGAAGGAUGCAGUGGUUCAGCACAGUCAAUUAGCAGCUGCAGUAGAGAACCUUAAGAACAUUUUCUCAGUGCCAGAGAUUGUACGAGAAACCCAAGAUCUAAUUGAGCAAGGGGAACUUCUGCAAGCACAUCGCAAACUGAUGGACCUAGAGUGCUCUCGAGAUGACCUAAUGUAUGAGCAAUACCGUAUGGACAGCAAAAAUACUCACGAUAUGAACCUAAUCCAGAACUACUUUGGGAAAGUGCAUCCACUGUCUGAAGAGUUGGCUAAACAGUUGUGGAUGGUCAUACAGAGGUCCAUAGUCACUGUUCGAAGGGAUCCCACUUUGCUUGUCUCGGUUGUCCGUAUCAUCGAAAGGGAGGAGAAAGUUGAUCGCCGUAUGAUGGAUAGGAAAAAGCAAACUGGUUUCAUCCCUCCUGGUAGACCCAAAAAAUGGAAGGUUAAAAUGUUUGAUGUUCUUGAAAAAACGGUAAUAACUAGGAUUGAAGGUAGUCAAGCAGAUACAAGGGAGUCAGAUAAAAUGUGGCUGGUGCGCCAUUUGGAAAUCAUUCGGAGAUACAAGGUAGAAGAUCUCAUAAUAGUAAAAAAUCUCAUGGUGCAAUGCUUUCCCCCAAGUUACAGCAUAUUCAACAGGGUUUUGGAUUUAUACCACCAAGCAUUGUCUUCCCGAAUCCAGGAGUUGGCAUCAGAAGAGCUAGAAGCAAAUGAGAUUGUUAGUCUUCUUACCUGGGUGUUAAACACCUACCAAAGUGUAGAGAUGAUGGGGAACCCAGAGCUGAUUCCAGAAGUAAAUGUGAAGUCAUUGAAGCCACUUCUUUCUCAGGACAUAGUGGACCAGUUGCUCCACAAAUACAUGGCAACUCUCAGAUCUAACAUCAUUGCCUGGUUGAGAAAAGCACUUGAGACUGACAAAAAGGAUUGGGACAAGAAUACUGAGCCUGAAGCUGACCAAGAUGGGUACUUCCAGACUACAUUGCCAGCCAUUGUUUUCCAGAUGUUUGAGCAGAAUUUGCAGGUUGCUGCACAGAUUAGUGAUGAUUUAAAAAAAAAAGUCCUUCAUUUGUGCCUCCAACAGAUGAAUACUUUUCUAAACAGGUACGCAGAGGAAGCCCAGCUCUACAAAGAUGAACAUCUAAGGAAUCGACAGCUUCCUGCUUGUUAUGUCCAGUAUAUGAUUGCUAUAAUCAACAACUGCCAAACUUUUAAGGAAUCUAUUGUUAGCUUGAAAAGGAAAUAUUUAAGAAAUGAAGAUGAUAUAAUGGGGUUUGGUUCCUCUCCUAUGGACACAACGUUGGACAGUAUUGCCAAUGAUGGAUGUAGUAGCCUCUUAGAUGAAGUCUUCAUGGAUCUAGAGCAACAUCUUAAUGACCUGAUGACAAGAAAAUGGCUGGGAGGAUCAAACACAGUCGAUACAAUUUGUGUUACCAUAGAAGACUAUUUUAAUGACUUUGCAAAAAUUAAAACACAUUACAACCAGGAAAUGACUAUAAAAGCUCACAGGAAGGUAGUGACUGAGUAUAUUAAAGCAAUUAUGCAGAAGCGCAUCUCCUUCCGGAAUGCAGAGGAGCGCAAGGAGGGAGCAGAGAAAAUGAUAAAGGAAGCAGAACAGUUUAAAUUCCUGUUUAAACGCCUUACUUCUGGCUUCAUUGAGGACACUGAUGGACUAUGUAACACAAUUAUAGAUAUUGCAGAGGUUUUAAAGCUGACAGACCCUUCAUUGCUUUACCUUGAGGUCUCAACUUUGGUCGGUCGUUACCCGGAUCUCAGAGAUGAUCACAUUGCAGCUCUUCUUGCUGUGAGAGGGGAUGCUAGCAGAGAGAUGAAGCAAACUAUCAUAGAAACUGUGGAACAAAGUCAGAGGCAACAAAGUGCAGGCUACACACCAAUAUUUAAAGACAUCAUUGUUCCAACUGUUCCAUCUCUAAGCGUGCCAAAAUUACUCAAGUAGUGCUGAGUAUUGCAGAACUGCAAUUAAUGCAUUAAUCGCUAUGUAAGAUCACUUUUCUUCUAUCAUACUACAUCUAUGAUAGUUACUUAUAGGUUGAGAUAUGAAAAAUUGGACUUGUCUGUACAGCUGAAAAGGCCUUGUAUUUCUUGUUUCAGGAGGUUCAUAAAACUGCAGUUUUUUUGUACAUAUUCAUUUUAUGCCUUUUUUGAAAUGCAGUGUGAGUUUAGCAUUUAUGUAGUGGAUGCUAGGAAAGAGUUGAAGGGUACUGUAAAAAGUAAACACUUGAUACUGUUGCCAAAACACCAUUUUCCUUUUUGUAUCCUAGUAUUGUUGUACAUGGAUAAAAAGUGGUGGUGUGGUGGUGAAGUAUGAAAUAUUUGAUUUGUAGUGUAAUUUACUUGAUUGAAUGUUUUACCAUUAGGGUACAAAAUAUAUACACAUUAUUCUUACAAAUAAAUUGGGUAUUUUUCACUCACUGAAAACUAGAUUUAUACACCUCUUGAGAUACAUCUUAAAGUAAUCAUUUCAGGCUUUUUGUUUUUCUCCAUUUCAGACACUUAAAACUGUUUUAUUAAAAUCAAAAUAUAACCUAUACUGUAAGAGGGUUGUGAGAAAUGUUGAACAGGAGCCCAGAUAGCUUCUGAACAGGCUGAAUGAAACAGUGCUAAUCGGAGAAGAUAGCAUUUCUGCUGAGAGCAUUUUAUAUGAUGACUUCACAACUUUCAUGGCAAUGGUAGAAAAUAGUUUGCUAUUAAUCUAGUUUAUGUGCAUUUCAUUGAAAUGGUUAAUACUUGUAUGCAUUUUUCAGGCUGUAAUUUUUAACCCUCUGACUGCUGACAGCCAGUGACAAGUGGUGAUGUGAAAACCCUUUGCAAUCAGCUUAAGCAAAAACUGGAGCACAAUGUUCUUCUUGUAACCUUGUGCAAUUACUUAUUUGUGUACCCUCUAUUCUUGUCAUCUGAAGUAAGAAGUAAACAUUUAGUCUUCCACGA